AUGCAUGCCCAUAACACUCUCCGACAAAUCAGCCUUGGCGCGAACUUUUCUCGUGCUCGGCGAGGACGUGCUAGUGCUUGGGGCUUACCCCAUUAUCGUUUUCGAUCAGGGACCCAGAACUCUUUUGCAACAUCCGCCAUCGUUUCAUCUAUUGAGAGGUCUAAUACAAUCGGGUUUAUCGGCCUCGGCGCCAUGGGCAGUCAUAUGCUUAACAAUCUUAUUUCAAGAUACAGGAGCCCCGCUAGCGGAAAGGAGGUCGGCUUCGCAUUGUGUGAUGUGAACCAGGCCGCGGUAGACAGUAUCAUCAAACGCCAAGACUCUGAGCACCCCGGUGUGCCUCUCAUUAGUUGCUCAUCACCUUAUGAUGUAGCACAGAAGGCUUCUACCAUUAUCACCAUGGUUCCCACCGGAAAGCAUGUCCAGGAAGUGUACGUUGGCCAAGGUAAAAGUGUCCUGAGCGCUCUCAAUGCCAUGAGUCAAGAUCAAUGCGCAGAUACUCUUUGCAUUGAUCAGUCUACCAUUGAGCAAAGUGUUAGCAACGCGGUUGCCUUGCAGCUGCGACAAGUCGGCGCAGAUCUGGUGGACGCCCCAGUUUCAGGAGGUGUCAUUGGUGCAGAAAAAGGCACAUUGGCGAUCAUGGUUGGCGGAUCCAAGACCUCUUACUAUCGCUCGGUCCCCGUCCUUCAAGCCAUGGCUCGCAAGGUCACAUAUUGUGGUGACCUCGGGGCUGGACUUGCCGCCAAGAUCUCUAAUAAUCUCCUACUUGGUAUCACCAUGCUUGGCUUGAGUGAGGCGAUGCUGCUGGGAAAAAGACUCGGCGUUGAUCCGCAAGUACUUGCCGAUAUUAUUAACAACUCCACGGGGCGUUGCUGGUCUAGUGAAAUCAAUCACCCAGUUCCUGAGGUCAAGGCCGGAGACUCUAGCCCUCCAGCUCAUCGAAACUACGAGGGCGGCUUCAUUACCAAGUUGGCUCACAAGGAUCUUGCUCUCGCUGUAUCGGCUGCUGAAGAGGCCAAUGUCCCUCUCGCGGUGGGAAGAUGCGUUGAGGAGAUGUAUAGACCGUUGGCCAAGUCCAAGGAGUUCGGAGACCGCGACUUCAGUGUCAUAUACGAGGCUCUUGAUUCCCUGGGCCCCACUGCGCAAAGCUCCAAGCUGUAA